GAAGUUUGUCCAGCAGGAUUUGCCGUAUAUUGUUAGCUCUAGCUGAACCUACGCAAGCCGAGGCCGAACUGCUUCACGUGCUUACUAAAAAACAAACAAACAAGCCUUAAUUCUUGAAUUCCAGCCCCAAAAAAUUAAGCCUCAACGCAGGACGUCAAUCGUGACUCUUUUUGUCAAAAACAAUAUUUGCUCAAGCUUCUGGCCUACAUUAGCAAUUUUAGCCUAGCUUGCUAGCCGCUAACAGACCCCUUUGUCAGCAACAUAUCGCUCAUCAGAGAUCAAGUGUGAGCGUCAUUGUCGUUAGAAAAUGUAUGCAAGAAGGAUAGCACACUACGAGGAGAACCUUGGUGGAGCAAAGGAGGACAGGGACGCCGUUUUCAACAAGUCUUCAGCUGGCUCGAGCACUGCAGACAUCUGUGAGAAUCUUGGUACGAAACAGCAGAAGCCCGAGUCCCCACACGUUACGAAGGAGGUGAAGAACGAAGCGCCCCCAUACAUUAAAGAAGAGAAGGAGUUGGAGCCCAUUCCUUUCAACGAACAGGAGCCGGCAAAUGCCUACAUUAAAGAGGAAGCGCCAUGGCAGCCCCUACAUAUAAAAGAGGAAGAGGAGGAUUCUCUACACAUAUUCCCAUCGACUGGUAUCUCUAUGAAGAGUGAAGAUGAAGGCCAGAGUGAGCCAAGCCAAGGGCUGAAGCCGCCAAGCAGCAGUUCAAGUCGACAAAUGACAACAGACGGUAACGGAGACCGCUGUGGAGGAUCACACGUAGACAGCCUUUUAGCCCCACUAUCAAACAUUGACAACACAACAUCACACUGUCCUCACAAGAGUGAAGAUGAUGAUCCUGAACAGUCUGAAGGUGAUUUGGCCUGUCGCACUGAAAAACCCUGGAAAUGUUCUCAGUGUGGGAAAACCUUUGACUAUAAGAGCUUUUUGAGAAAUCACAUGAUUGGCCACACUGGUGAAAAACCUUUUGCCUGUUCUGUUUGUGGUCAAAAAUUUUCUCGAAUAAUUCAUUUGACAGUACACACACGAACACACACGGGUGAGAAACCUUUUGUCUGCUCAAUUUGCGGUCAAAUGUUUACUCAAAUCAGUAAUUUGACAAGUCACACACGAACACACACUGGAGAGAAACCUUUUGCAUGCUCGAUUUGUGAUCAAACAUUCUCCCAGAAGGGGAGUUUGGCAAGUCACAUAAGAACCCACACUGGUGAGAAACAGUUUGCCUGCUCAGUUUGUGGUAAAAGUUUUUCUCAAAAAAGUAAUUUGACAGCACAUUCAAGAACACAUACUGGCGAGAAACCUUUUGUUUGUUCAAACUGCGGCCAAAGAUUCUCUCAUAAAAUAAGCUUACAAAAUCACCUAAGUACACACACUGGUGAGAAACCAUUUGCCUGCUUAGUUUGCGGUCAGAGAUUCCCUCAGAAGGGUGGCUUAUUACAACACUCAAGAAGCCACACUGGCGAGAAACCUUUUACAUGUCCAGAUUGUGACCAAAGAUUUUCUGAUAAGGGAAGCUUAAGGCGACACAUAAGGACACACACUGGUGAGAAACCUUUUGCCUGCUCAGUUUGCGGACAAAGAUUUUCUCAAAGUAGUAAUUUGACAAAACACACAAGAACACACACUGGUGAGAGACCUUUUGCCUGCUCAGUUUGCGGUCAAAGGUUCGUAAGGAAGGCAAACCUUACCCAACACAAGAACAUACACUGAUGAGAGGCCUUUUGCCUGACCGGGUUAUGGUUAAAGAGUAUCAAGGUAGGUAAACUUCAGGGGUGGGUAUCGUCGCUUCAUCACUAAGUUCCCGUCAGUAUUUCAGGCUUACCCAUGUGGGCCCAGUCCAUCCCUCGUUGGUGACAGCCAAUCGGCGUUGAGAACAUAAUUUCCACAUCACUUGGAUGUGUUGUGCAAGAGACGCACAGCCAAAUAAAGGAAAAAAAGAAAUAACUCAAAACAACAGACACACACGAGCACAGUGUGGUGGUCUAUGAAAUAAAAACAGUAUGGGACAUGUGAUUGUGGUCUGUGAGACCCAAAGGUAUACAACACGGUUUUAUUUAUUUUUUUAUUUGGCUUUGUGUUAAAUGCUCAAUUUGCAGUCGGAGAUUCUCUCGCGGGUAAUUUUGCAAGUACAGAUGCUGGCAGUGAACCAGUCUCUUGAAGUAAAUUGAAAAAAAAACCCCCACAAGAAACACACUGCACAAAAAAAAAAGAUGAAAAUUCAUAUCUGUGCAACGUUAAAGAGAAUCAUAUGACAUACUUUCAUUGUACGCAUUGUGUAAUGUUUGUGUUUGCUAUUCGGCAUUGCUGUAUUUAAUUUGCUAGUUGACAAAUAAUCACAUUUUAUGAAGAAUCUUGUGUGAGUGGAUUGAAUGAACUGUGACUUCAGGAAAUGUCCUAUUCCAUGCUCAAGCAUAAACCUGAGAUACACUAUGUCACCAAAGCAGUGGCCUAUGUAAAUUCCAAAAGAAAAAUUAACUCUUUGGCGUAUGUGAGUUACAAAAGAAAAAAUAAUCAAUCAAAUUAUGAACUGUUCAAAGAGAGUAGAAACUGAAAAGGUCAGGGCUUACCACAGGCACCACGUUGUCCCCAAGAACCCCAUGAUGAGCCCGCGGGCCUGUUCUAAAAAGAGCUCAGCAGUGGAUUUGGUAUUUCAGAUCUUGGACGAAGCGAUAUACAUCUAUCGUAUCGUCAUUGAGAUAUGAACAUUGUGUUUUACAAUGUUACGUGAGCGUAUUUAUAUUUUACCAGUGGAUAAAAUAGUGGUGCUUGUGAUAAAAGGUACAAGUUGUCCGCACCUCGCCAGGCCAUUCAAUUGAAUGGGUGAGAGUCUCCCCUUUCAACAUAUCCACAUUUUGCUCAUGAUUAUCGUUCAUUUCCUAUUCUUGUAGCAAUGCGUGUCUUCCUUGACUGCCACUAUCUUUCUUCUAGAUUAAAAAUAAAAACAAUGAAACAUA